AUGUUAGAUAAGUACGAUCCCUCAACCUAUAAUCACCGAUAUGCUCAAGUUAACGGUAUCCGUAUGCAUUACGUUGAUGAAAAUUCGACCUCAAAAAACGCCUUGUUGCUUUGCCAUGGUUGGCCGGACCUUUGGCUUGGAUGGAGAGAGCAGAUUCCAUUUCUUGUACAAUUAGGAUAUCGUGUAAUUGCACCUAGUCUUCGCGGUUUUGGUGAGACAGAUGCUCCAGAAAACCCUUCUGAAUAUGGUUUUGGUACUGUUUCUAAGGACCUUGCCGAACUUCUCGACCACUUAGAAAUACCCACUGUUACCGUUAUCGGGCAUGAUUGGGGUGGACUUGUCGUUUGGCGCUUCGCACAAUUCUACCCUGAGAGAGUCAAUGCUAUUGCCAGUUUUUGCACACCGUAUAUGCCACCUCACAAACAAGAAAUAAGUCUAGAACAAAUUGUGCAAGCCGUGCCCAAUUUCAGCUAUCAGUUAUAUCUGGUGACACCCGAAGCCGAGAAAGAUAUUAACGAUAAUGUGGGUAAAUUCUUUCGUCGCAUUUUCCGUCCAGUAAAUGACAUGGUGGGAGAUCCCUUCAUUGAUCCUGAUACCAAACGUUUGGCCGAGGGGCGCCGUGAUUGCAAAUCUCUCGUCCCCGCAAAGGUCCUUGAUUACUACAUUGAAUGGUACACUAAAAGAGGCGCUCGCGGUGGUUUAAAUUGGUAUAAACAAACACAUAACAAUUUUCAUCAAUGUAAAAAUCUGGACCCUGUUAUAAAGAAGAAAUCACUUAUGGUAACAGCCGAAAAGGAUUUUGCUUUACCCCCUUCUAUGGCCGAGGGUAUGUCAAAGCUGAUUCCUGAUUUGCAAUUAAAAUCGAUUUCUGGCUCUGGUCAUUGGGUUUUAUGGGAAAAACCAGAAGAAUGUAACAAUUAUUUGGAGAAGUUCUUGGCCGGUGUUGAGCCUACCAUUAAUAAUAAACUGUAA